UUGGGUUUUGUGGAAAAUUUUAUCUUUCUGUUUUUAUCCUGAUUUACCCAAAUCAGAAUGAUAAAUAAUUAAAAAUCGUGAAGCCCUUUAGCGGUUCAACAUGAACGUGUUAGAGAAAGCAGAGAAAUCCCUAGAAUAUUUGAAGAACAGCGUCGAUAGUACCUCAAAAUAUCAUGAGCUGCAGGCGGCGGCGAGUGCGCUGGGUCGAUGUUCUGGUAUAUUAGGCAGUCGACAUGCUUACGCUAGACACUAUGCGAAUUUACUUCCUUCUUCCAUACCGAUAUUGCUGAAUUUAGCCAGCCAUGACAGCGCGGAGGUACGUCUUCUAGGUGAUGAAGCUUUGAACAACUGUGUUGCUGGAGGUCUGGCAUUUCAUUCCCACAAAAUAAAUAUUAUACUACAGAACCAAAUUGAUUCUACGAAAAAUGCAAGAUGGAUAAGAGCUGCUUUAUCACGAGUAUGUCUUGGCGACUGUUGGUUAAGACCAGGAGUUGGAAAGAUCCGAUCUCAAGCACAGACAUUGAUUCCAAAACUGAGUCAGAUAGUCCGACAGACAAGCGAAACCCAACUCAUUGUAGAGGCAUUAGAGAACAAUUUACCACGAAUAUUAAAUGCACUAGCUGAAUAUACAACAGAUGAGGAAGUAUCUGAACUGUCAAAAAGUCUACUACCCUUUGUUGAGUCUUCCGAGCCAGCGAUAAGGAGAGGUGUAGCAAAUUGUGUUGCUCAUUUAUGUUCACACCGAGAGCCACUGCUGACGAAUUUACUUGCAAAAGUAUAUGAUAAAUUAUGGCCCUUGACUCGCUCAGCUGAAGAUGAUAGUGCAAAACAAGAUGCAGUUGUUUUGGGAUGGUUUUCUAUUAUAAAAGCUAUAUUCCAAGUCACCGACAUUGAGAAAUUCCAAGAGAGUGAUGUAUUUAGCGUGCAAGAUUAUUUAAAGCUAUACAAACUCUGCAUUGACCACCUUGAAGUGACAACAACGGAACAUAACAUACAGAACACCAUAUUGGAAUGUCUGUCUGUGUUGCUCGGUCAGGCAAGGGGCGAAUAUAGAAGAGCACUUCUCGAGAAGAACCCAAGAGUUGUUAGUCUCGACGACAGGAGCGAUAAGGGACAUAGGAGGAAUAUGAGUUACUCCAGCGCCAUAUCGUCCCGCACGGUGGCUAGCGCUCCCCUGGAGUCGCGGGAGCCCGAGAUUACGUUCAGCGGAGCCCUGCAGCUGGGAAGCUUGUUGCAGCUCGCCACGCCCAGUUUGAGCGUCGAGGAUCUUAAUAUAGAGACGCCCAGCUCGCCGGCAGAAAGCGACGCCGACAUCCGGCCAGACCCCGAGCAGCUGAGUCACGACGUCGCCGAAAAACUGCAAGGCUACGAGAGUGAUGUAGUCGAUGACGUGGUCGUUAAAGAUGGCGGCGUUAAGAUAAACAUAGGCUCAUCAGCCGACGAAGACGUACGAUUAAAGUACUGCAUACGAUUGCUCGCGUCAAAGUUUCUUCUCACUGGUAAUAAAGGCGGUGUUAUAUCAAAUAGAUGUGUAAAGGUGUCAGUGAAAUCUUCAGCCUUAACUUGCAUAGCCGCUAUAAUGCAGCUUUACCCGCAAGCUGCGACAUUGUAUUUAGACAAGGACGCAGAUAUGAAGUUCCAGAACUAUUCUGGGUCAUCAGAAGGCACAGAUUCAAAUCAAGACCACAUAAACGAGUUCAUCCUGGAAAGGAACAUUUGCUACCAAGACUCCAUAACGGAAUCCCUCAGUCAGGACCUUCUUAUCCGAAGUUCAGACAGCCAAGCGCAAAUAUCUAAAAAAGACAGCAAGUCACUAGAAAAAUCUACGGACAGCGAGCUCAAAAGUUCCAAAGAUGUACCAAGUAACAUAUUAGACAGUAAAGCGAAUUUAGUAGCCAGUGGUUUCACAGAUGGAACAAAUGUCAAUAUGAGUAAUAGCAAUUUCACUACCAACUCUAACAUGACAGCUAGCAAUGAUCAUAUGUCAACCGGUUAUCCCAUGUCAAGUAGCGGAGAUGUCCUAUCAUCGAGCAUAGAUUUGGACAUGAAGUUCGAUCAUUUUGGAGAUUCAACAACAAAUUUAGAGUCAGUGAAGUAUGAGACGCAGAAAGAGGUGACUCAAGUCGAACAAGAGAAAAUGGAAGUUGAUGACAGAGAGUUUGAGUUUCAGCACAUCUCGGAUAUAUUUGUGUUGCUAGAGUGUUACAGUGAUCCCCAAGUAAGGGGUUUGGUGCGUGUAUGUAUUGGUAACUAUUUAGUGUCAGCGUUGGAUCUCUCUCAUGGUGAUUAUCAUAGAUGGAGGAAUUAUAGUGCGUUGCCCAAAGACGUGAGUGACAAUAUCAGUACGGAGAGGUUAUUGGAGAUACUUUUGAAGGGUCUAACCGACGAAAUCCAUUCGACUGUGAACCACACACUGUCAUCGCUCACACAAGUGGCCGUAUCGUUAUGUAACAGCGUACAUUGCCCACUGUUAGCCAAUAUACUGAACGCACUAGUAGCGGUACAGAACAACACAUAUUGGUUGUGCAGGGUGAACCUAGCUAAGUUGUAUGAGAAACUGCCGUAUCAGAGGUUGUUCAUGCUACAUCCCGGCUAUAAGGCUCGGAGUAAGCUCAUCAUGGACACGCUGUAUGGCCUUUUGAAAGAUAAAGACCAGAGAGUGAGGACUGCCGCAGCUCAGGCUAUUGCUAGUAUAGUACCCAAAAUCUACCCUUCACCAAGAGCAACAGCUACAACUAUGAUGGCUCAGCUUGCUGCAGCACACAGCAAGCUAUUCCAGUUCAACACGAACAAAACAGCACUAAAUCUAGUCCGAGAGAUAUACUUCUACAACGAUCUACCCGAACAACUCAAAGUUGGGGACAUGGCUAAUGAUGUCGAAAGCCUUAGUGUGGUCAUUGGAGAUUUGAUGACAAGACUCAUGGCUUCUAAUAGCAAAAAUUAUUUGCAAGGUCUACUCGAGACUCUGCAAGCUAUAUGUCGGCGAUGGUCGCCAUGGAAACACAUAGAGGCGUAUUCUGGCCACGGUAUACUGAACUAUUGCUUACAUCAUUUGGAGAAUUGCAACGGAAAUGUGAUGGCACGGACUAUGUUAUUGGAUAUCGCGCGGCUCGUUUAUCCAGUAUCAAUACACAAUAUAAUGCAUAACAAGACAAAUCGUGAUAUCUUCGAACGUGACAACCCUGAAAGUGAGAAAUGGCAUUAUCUAGAUAACGCCGAGGUGGCAGCCCUGUCUGAGAAGUUCUUUCAAGUUACCCUGAAGAUGAUGAACUUGCUUGUGCAUUUGAUAGAGGAAAUCAAUCCUAAUGUCCAUAUAAAUAAGAGCAGUAUUGCGUUGCCUGGUAGUCCAGUCAGGAAAAAGACUCAAGAUACAUCACAAAGGAAGAGUAACACAACCGAAGAUGAGAAAACUCUAAAGAAACGCGCCUCAGCCCCCGCUAAUACGUUACGAGCUAACUUUGCUGGACAUUUCUACCGGGAACCCUUCUAUAUGAAGCUGUAUGACAGCUUGAGAGCUACUUAUUCUAAUCAUAAGAUUAAUUUAGAUCCAAAAAGCAGUAUAUUCUACAAGUUUCUGUCAACUACACUCAACUGUUUGGCUAUCCAACUCGAAAUGGCCACAGUCGAAGAAUAUGGCCAUGUCACUGAAGAAAUACUGUAUUAUCUAAAAGCCAUAAUGUCAUUCUGUCCAGAGUUAACAGUAAAUUGCAUUACCCAACUGCUGAAAUGUCUAUUCGGAACGAGCAUGAUAAACCAAUAUUCAGACUAUAUGAGCAUAGCGGACCCUACCCCGAAGAAAUCCAAAUCUAACUUAUUUGAAGAUGUGAUGCUGAUAAACCAGUUUAAGAGUGAUGAUGAUGAUGAUAAGAAUUUACUCAUGAUGAUGGAGAAUUUUGCAAGAAACAGAACAGAUAGAAAGUGGGGUACGAACAAAGAGGAGUUGGGACGGUAUAUAAGAUUGUUUGAGCCUGUAGUUAUACAGUCUUUGAAGAGCUAUACAUUCCAAAACGACAUACCACUCCAAGUGAGCGUCCUACGUCUGCUGUGUCAGCUACUGUCGCUGAGAGUGAACUACUGUAUGCUGGACAGCGACCAGGUGUUCAUAGGGUACCUGCUGCGGCAGCUGGAGCUGGUGGAGCAGCAUGAGAUACCUAACUGCUGUGAUCUAGUGAACGGAAUUCUGCUAUUUCUUGUCCAGUUGUCUUCCUCCAAACAUCACACGAAACAAAUUAUUGAGUUGCCUAAAUUGCUACAACUUUGCGACGGCUUGCUAGCGGCCGGCGCGUUAGAUGAGUGCAUAGCGGGGUUGCAACCGGUCGCUGUCAAAGUAUUCAGUAAUAUGGGUGGUACCAGUGUCCUCGGCAAAGCACAACAGACCGAGGCGCAGGCGACACGAGAAGUCCUAUUCUAUAUGCUGCAGAAGACUAUGCACCAACCUAAGGUUUUAGAGCUCAUCUCAUCCGUUCUCUCACUCACUCGCGACCAACCGGAAAGCCACUACCGCUGGUCGGAGUUGGCAGCGGAUACUCUUCUCAAUCUGCUCAGCGAGAGAAGUCUACUGCUUGAGAAGAGAGAGGCAGUAGAGGCGUUGGAGACGCUACUAGACGUGUUGUACCGAGAUGUGCUUCUAGAACAAUCUAGAGUGGAGAUUCUACUGAAGAUACUGUUUAAGGCACCUCCGGAUCAGGCAACUACACCGAAAAAACUGAAAAUUCGUUACCUCAUCAUAAUAAUGGUGCUUCUCAGAAAAGUUCUGAUAUACGUACCAGAAACCGAGAUACUACUGUCGAUUAACUACUUGAAAUCGACGUGUAUAGCGCCGGAAUCGAUUUUCUUCAACGUCAAACCGAAUGUAGAUCCUUUGAAUGUCCAAAAUGUCAACGAGAACUGCGCAAAUCUCUCGCCAGAUGUCAUUUUGGUGCGAUUUUUGUUCAAGACAUUGACGUAUGCGAUUCUUGAGAUGGACGACUUUCAGACGAAUCUCGACCUUGUGGAUAGCGAGUAUAAGGAGCAGAAUAGGUUGAUUUAUUCGGUGUGCGUGAAUAUUAUAGUGCAAGUUAAGCAUAUGCUACAUUUGACAGAUGGCUGCCUCUUCCCACUCACCGCCAUGAUGGCUCGCACCAUUCUCCACAACGAGCAGGACGGCCUCAACACCGGCCUAUACAGCCCCGACGAGAACUUCCCCCUGGACGCGCUCAACCUCGUCUGCCUGAAGUGUGCUCAUCGGGCGCCGCUGCUGACGGUGCAUUGGUCGCAUCUACUGAUACGACUAAACCUCCUGUCCCACAAGUAUUGGCACAAGUUGGUCGGCUUCGUCCGCGGUGUUCCGCUCAACGCGAGCGGGGACUCCGCGCUGCUAAGAGCUGACUUGCUACAGUCGGCGUGCGUGCUGGCGUAUUGUGAAUACUUUGUGGACAAUGGUCUCUCCCAAGCUGUUCAUCUCACCUGGCUGCUCGUCAACCGUAUCCACGUGAUAGUCUCCCAGUACAACGAGGAGAUUGUCAGGCAGCUCGUCAAGUCGGUGCAAGCGGCGCCGGCGGCGUCAGCUUUGCUGCUGCAAGCUGUUGCUGCUAGAUGUCAGGCUUGUCUCAAGGACGAGUUCGCUCUCAACACUCACAAGAUACUAAGCGCGUGUCACGAGAGCCAAUCCGGAGCGCUGAUGUUCCUCAUAUGCCGAAUAGUCGGCAAGAUGGAGCCGGCCAUAGCUAUCAGGUUCACAAAGUUGGCGAUAGACCGGUGUGCGCUUCUCCGCGGUCUCCCCCCGGAGGUGAUCACCAGCCAGCUGUCGAAGGAGGACGUUCAGGUCGCCCUGGAGAUGCUGCAGAGGGACCGGGUGCAUGUGAGAUACCCCACUCUGGUGGUGGAAAUCAACGCGUUGGCGUCUACCGUCUUCGACCUGUCACCCCUGGACCUCAACCAGGACAGAGCUAUCAAUCCACACUAUAUACACACCACCAACGUGGAUGGGCAAUGGCUGGUCAACCAGAUCAAGAGCAGAUGCUGUCAAAAGGAUGACACAUCUAAACAUUACUACCUAGCGUGCUCGUUAGCUAAGCUCUCUUCAGAAGAUAUAACCACAAUAAUGUCUUGUCCAGAGUUCGAUAGACAAAUAUUAAAAUCUUGCUUCCAAAUCUCGUGCGAUACUUUCAUUAAAGAUUUCUUGAAUUUGAUCACCGAUAAUGAACUGAGAGAAGCAGAAAUAGAAGCUGUAAGAGAGAGAAGAGAGAUGGAGAAAAUGAAAGAAGAGAUGACAUCAUCUAUAGACAGUAACAAAUUGAAUGUAGCUAACACUUUACAUGUAUUUAAAAAGAGUGAUAAUAAAGAAUCAAAAUCACAAUUCUUCAUAUCGUACGUAUCUGACGCAGAAGUUACUGAUAAGAUGGGAAGUCUAGAAAUUGCUGACGAAGAAAUAGACAUAGUCAUACCAGAUUUGCCUAAACUGUAUCAAGUUGGAGUUACAGUGCUAGAUAAAUCUUUGGCGGAUCUUCUCAAAGUGUUUCCAAAGCAAAGCAGACCUUUAAGUCAGUCAGAGAACUUUAACCUAAAUAACGAACACACAAUAGAUAGGUAUACAAGAAGAUGCCACCAAGUAUUCCAAGAUAAACAAUUCUACCAGGAGUUUCUAACAAUACACACAAUUUUGGAUGGUUUUCUGGAAUGUAUUAACAAAAUAAUGAGCGUCCUUGAUGAAACCGAUUGCGAUCUGCUUGAAAAAUGCUUCGAGAAUAUACUUCCUAAUACCCUAGCGAGAAAUGUUGCAGUAUUCUCUGUUGUAUCUCUACAGUAUCUUUCCUUUUUGGUCAAAAACAAGAAGACGGUAGAAACUCCUGUGCAUGCAGAUGUGUCAUUUAGAGUAAAUAAUACAGCUACUGAUCAUGUAUCAGUAGAUUAUAUAAUAUUAAAAACACUAGAGAAUGUUGCUAAAGCGUUGAGAGUGAAUGAAAUAUUCGCAGAAUUGAAUGUUGAAAUCAAUUUGAACAGGAACCAAUCUGCUAUCAAUUGUUUGUAUGCUGUGGUCAAGUUUUUGGUUAAGGAUAAGAAGCCCUUAAUAUUGAAACCUCAUAUGAACUACCAAGGUGAAGGUCCAAAGCCAGAUAUCAUCAUCACCUGUGAGAAGAUCAUCACGCUUAUUGACUAUUGGGAGGAGAAUUUCUAUGAGCAACAAGAUAGGCAUCUGUUAGGAGCAAGAUGUAGGAAGCCUAUUGAAGAUCUCUUGGUAUCUUUGGCAAGGUUAGAGUUGCUAAGCAACGCAGCGCUCAUACCGCCGAUCGCUUGGUCGUCCGUCGACGCAGCCGUCUCGAAGGACCAUCUACAGAGAAUAGACUUACCGCUCCAAGCGCUGCAAGAUAUGGAUGUGCUUGAGAAAUUCUUGUUCAGAGUUAACCUAAUAGGCUGGUCAUCAAAAAAGCAGUUCGAGGAGAUAUGGGUGGGGUUACUUGGUGCCCUUCAGGGUAACGGGGCGCAUUGGGCGGUGCAGGGCGUCACUCAGCUGCUGCUAGCGGCCGGCCCCGUGGUGAGGGGAAAGGGGCCGCUACAUAUACCGCGAGCGUACGUGCCGCUUACUGACGGCAUGGCCCGUCUAAGAAAUAUUUUAGUGGGUACCUCAGCGUAUUCGAUAUUCGAAAAUUUGAAUCUGGAACGAGUGGCGAUGAAAAGAAACGGCAACAUCGGUUUUCACUACGGACAGUUUAGUACGGAGUAUUUGAAGUGCGUUUCAGGCUUGAACGAUGGACCUUCAUCUCUCAAAGUGAGAAGAGAAGUGAAAAGGACGAGAAAGAAUGAAGUUAUCGACAUCAACAGCUGUAUACAGAUAUUGAUGGAUGUCACUAUUGAUAUGCUGGACCCUAAGGCGAACACCGGUGCAGCGGCUCGCGUCGCCUUAGUCCGAGUGGUGUCUCUCGCCAGUGGCGUAUUCAGACGCGAGGCGCAUUGGGCGCGCGCCGCCGCCGCGUUGGCACACCCGCCGCCGCCUCCCGCGCCUGCUGCGCCCGCGCUACAGGCGCUAGCUACGUGCCUGCCCGUUAUACAUGGACAUGAACAGGAGCUAUCAACAGUCCACGAGAAGCUACUCAAGUCUCUAUCAUCGAGCUUCGCGCCGAACCGUCAGGCGUCUCUACGCGGCUGGCUGCUGCUACUGAACAGGCAUACACCGGCUGACAUAAUCGCCCUGUUGAGAGAUAAGGCGGCGCAGAACGUGCAUAGUGAUAAGAUAUCAGUAUACGAGCAGAGCCUAUACUGGGCCAUACUGUUCCGAGCGGCGGAGCUGGGCAGCCCCGACCUGGUGACUGUCGCCGUGGACUUCGUGUUGACUAAACCCCGACAUUACUGCACCGAGCUGGUCGUCAAGGGUAUAACAACAGUGUUGAGGCAACAAGUCCUGCCUAAGGACCUCAAGAACAACAUAAUAGAAAGGCUGACAAAACACAUGCAAGAUUAUCCCGAGCGCCAUGCGAUACGAAUACUGAUGGUGCACUUGUUUAGUGCUGACAGCAAACUUAUAAGUCCGAAACUUGAGUCAGACGUUUCUAACAUGGAUCCCGAUGUGCUUAUGAAUUCCAUGGAGCGUAUAACCCUCCUAUACAAAUUGUUACGUCAAUCUAAAUCGAGGGAGACAAAACAUAUCGUCGUCUCUGUCUUGAAAUACUUUUUAAGAGAGACUCUACCCCCUGCGGCUACUUUAAGUAGAGUUGUCAUAGAGUUUUUAGAAUGUUGUAAAGAGACGGAGAAGAAAAGGAUAGGACUAUUGAGCGAGAGGGACAGAUGGAUAGAGAACUCGGUGUUGACGGCUGAUGUUGUUUUUGAGGUAUUCGAAACCUCGAUAUCUCAAGACCAACUGCCCGUGCUGAGUUUUUGGAUAUUCGAAGCGCUAUGUCACUUGGUCUUUGGCAAGAUAUCUACCGAACUGCUACCAUAUUGCCUCCUGACUCUACUCGUGUCUGCCAACUCGAAUACGCACAUACGGACACUAAGACACCUCUCUCAAUAUAUAUUUAAACUGGGCUUCCACAAUACAGAGUCGAAAUCGGGAAUUUUCGAUAUAGCUAAUAGGGUGACCAUGUCGUUCGCGGAUCGAAGACUGCUGUGUAUAGUGUCCUUACAUUCCGAGUUUAAUGGUAACCAGUAUGAGAAGUGGAAAGAAAUGUGUGAGGAAAAUGAGAGUUUGAAAGAUGUACUGCAAUGUAUGAGUGCAGAGAAACCUGGGAACAAGUAAGCAGGCCCUAGACGAUCAAAUGUAUUGUCAAUAUCACGCCUCAAUUUUAUUGAACAGUUUAUUUUACAAU